AUGGCUUCCAUCUUCUCGGGGUUAUAUGACCUAGUACAGGCCGUGAGGGGAGCAAAUACUACAUUUCUCACGGACAAACACGUCCCCGGUACCAAUCUGACAGGCAAAUGGAUUAUUAUAACCGGAUCCAACAACGGCGUUGGCUUCGAAGCAGCAAAGUCUUUUGCAUCAUGGGGCGCAAAUCUUAUUCUCGCCUGCCGUGAGCCACCUGCAUGGGAACUGCAUCCAACAGCAGCUGUGAAUGAAUGUAAAGAGCUCGCCGCUGCGCACGGACAUGCGUCCACUAUCGAAUGGUGGGAAAUCGACAUGGCAGAUCUCAGCAGUGUCGACGCUUUCUCUCAAAGAUGGCUGCAAUCCGACCGCGCGUUGGAUAUCCUAUGUAACAACGCCGGUAUUGCGGAGUCUACUAAGCAAACCUAUACAACGAAGGAUGGGUUCCAGUUGGUUCAUCAGGUCAACUUCUUAUCCCAUGUACUACUGACCCUACGGCUCCUCCCAUCUCUAGCUCGCAGUGCCGAGCCUCGAGUCAUCUGCACAACCUCAUGCUUCCACCAUCUAGGACUCUUCGAUCUCGAUCAUUUUAAUGGCGCACGAGGCGGGGAGGGCAGCGAUUAUCGAAACAAUAAACUUUACUUCCAAAUGUGGAUUGCAGAGCUACAAUCUCGACUCUUCAAGAACCCCGAAUACCUCCAUAUCACAAUCAACGGCGUCCAUCCCGGCUUCGUGGAUUCGGGUAUAUGGGACAAUCUUCGGGACACGGGGAAGGCCCCAGGUGGACUGGAUUUUCUUUUGCGCUAUUUCGCUAUCAAUUCGCAACAGGGUGGCUUGGCUAUUUCUCAUGCAGCUACUGCGUUGGAGUUAGGGCCAGACCCUAAGAAGCAGGGUGUUGGUGCGGAAAAUGGGCGUGGUGGAGGGAAAUAUAUCAAUCGGAUUUGGGAGGGGCCUGCGAAAUCUCAUUGUAAUGACCCAGAGGCUAGAUUAAGGCUGUGGGUUAAGCUGGAUGAGGAGCUUGGUUUGCAAGAGAAGGGGCUUCUGACAGGGUUGGACCUUUGA